UUGCGUGUGCCUUUUCCUCUUCGCAGAUCGCAGAUUCGCCUCAAUCGCCUCUAGCUCAUUGGUGUGAAAGAGAAGGAAAAAGAAUGUUAAAAGUACGUUACUACGUUAGCACAUUUUUAUAGUAUUACAUGCGUAUAUUGUACAUGUAUGCGGGAAUUCCAUAGAAGAGUGUUACGUGUUAGAGGAGACAGCAUACACACACAUUACAUUGUUGCAUAGAGAGAACAAGAACCAAACGGGUGUAGCGCUAAAGUUAAAGUUAAAAAAGAGAGCCCAGAGGAGUAAGAGGAGAUGCCCGGCUUCAAGAAUUGCUGCUGCUGCUGAAGCUCACAUUUGUAAGAUAUUUAGAUCUCGGGUGGCGUUACAAGGCUACCCGGCAUUCUCGCGUGUGCAUCAUACGCGCGCAAAAGACGAGAGAGACGAGACUCCAAGAGGUUAGUGCGUAAUCUGAAGUGUCAGGUUAAAUUAACUUUUCAAGCUGUGAAUUGAACUGACUACUACGAAAAUGUCAUCGUCAUUGGAGACGCUCAGUGAUUCUGAGCUACGCACAAAACUUAUAGAACAUGGAUAUAAAGUUGGACCUGUUACACACACGACAAGAAAAAUUCUACUCAAGAAACUCAAAAUGCUCAUGGAUGAUAAAACUGGAGCUAGAUUCUCCAUGGCCUCUGCCAAGUAUAGCAGCGACGACACCGAUGACGACACAUUGUCAGCAGCAAAAAAAAAGAAAAAAACGCCGGUAAGCACUCGAAGGCAAACAAUGGUAACCACUAUGCCACCGCCAGCAACAACUGCCUCACCAUCAAGAUCGCAAACAAAGAAACGAUUGACAAGGAAUUUAAAUGCCGCUGAUUAUGAAAUAUCGGAUAAUGAAGGCCCAAGUUUACCCGUGCGUUCAUUAUCCAAAGAAAAGACUCCUGAAAUAGUCAACAAAUCACCUAUCAAACAAAAACUAAGAGAUGACUUUGAUAUAGAUUUGGAUUCAGACAAUUUAGAUGAUGAAUCAAAGAAAACGCCCAUUAUUGUUCCCAAAUUCGGUGGUGGUACUACAAAAGUAUACAAUGAUACAAGCAAUUUUACAGCUGCAGAUGUUAAUUCACCUAAAUCGUAUGAAUCCAAUUGGAGGAUAGGAAGAACAUACGAAACCUCGAAUUAUCAUACAAACACACCUACUAGUACAUUGACAAAGGAUGAAAGAUAUACUGUCAAUUUACCAAAACCCAGUAUAAGUGCCAACUCUAGCCGAGACGAUUCGCUCUUGUCAAAAGAAACUACAAAGAAAGAUGAUAUCUUGGCUAAUUAUGAUUCACCUUACCUGUCUGAAUUCACACGUAGAUUAAGCUCUACGAGUGCAACUCUAUCGAAACCUUCAAUAAAAGUUGGACCCAAAUACCGGCUUUCUAGCAUAAGUGGUACACCAGAAGUCAAAGAAACUGACACCAAUGGACAUUAUACAACUUAUACCUCACCAAGAACAUAUCCUUCCAGUUCUAGUAUGACAUAUGUUACAUCUUCUAUUGAUAAAACCCAACGCGAUGGCAACAAGGCUUACAAGUCGGCGUCACUUUUACAACGAGAAGAAGUCAAAAACAGUCAAAAUAUGAUUUCAAUGAUUCUUUUAGCGGUUGUAGUUUUGUUUUUUGGUAUCAUUUCCAUUGCUUAUUUGGGGCUUGAAGCGAAAACUGAAUUUCCUCUAUCGACUGGUACGUAAUUUUAUUCAAAUGUUCCAGGUCUUAUUAUUUCAACUUUGCUGUACCUUUAUCAAUCAAUUAAUUACACUUACUCUUAUUAUUAAAAGUAAUUUUUUCAUAAUGAGUAACCCAGUUAGGAAUAGGUUUUAUUAUAAAAAAAUAAUAAUGCAGAAUUUUUUUGAUUCACAACGUUUAUCAUGCAUUAUUUCAGUUGAAAAUUUUUAGUAAAUUUCAAAUAUACAAUAUUUUUGAUAACUAACACAAUAUAGUAACACUAAUGUACUUAUUCGGUUUAAGAUUUAAUAUUUGGAUAAAAGUGCUUGUGUUUAAAUGAAUAAAAUGUUAAUGUUUGAAAAA